CCGUCACAAGAUAUUGAAAUAAGUUUUGCUUUCACCGUUGCCUGCCCUAAUAUAUCAUUGUGAUCAAUGUGGGUUUUUGCCUGCAAUGGCUGUCGUUUCAUGGAAGGAGAUUUUACUUCUGACUGGGCUGGUGGUGGGAUGUUACUGGAACUGCCUUUCAUGUGGAUUUGUAUUUGACGAUGUCUCGGCUAUCCUGGACAACAAGGACCUCCGGCCCUCAACUCCCCUCCGCAAUAUGUUCCUCAAUGAUUUUUGGGGCACACCCAUGGCUGAGGAACGAAGCCAUAAAUCUUACAGGCCCUUGACGGUGCUUACUUUCCGACUGAACUACCUCUUCAGUGAACUGAGAGCAGCUUCGUAUCACCUGCUAAACGUCAUUUUACACGCCGUUGUGUGUGUGCUUUUCCUGCGAGUUUGCCGACUGUUUUUGGACAAGACUUCGAGCUUUGUGGCGGCAUUGCUUUUUGCUGUGCAUCCCAUCCACACAGAGGCAGUCACCGGUGUGGUUGGCAGAGCUGAACUUCUUUCUUCAAUUUUCCUCCUGGCUGCUUUUUUGGCAUACACAAAAUCAACUGGCUCUGACAACUCAAUUGUUUGGCCUCCCAUCACUCUGACUGUAGUCCUGGUGGCUGCAGCAACACUAUGCAAGGAGCAGGGAAUCACUGUGAUCGGCAUCUGCUGUGUCCAUGAAGUGUUCGUUGCACAAGGGUUCACACUACCCAUGCUGCUGGACACUUUGCGGCAAGUCCUGCGGGGUAAAGAUGGAUUCCCUUGUGUUGUCCUGCAAACGCUGCUGAAGCUCAUUGUCCUCAUCAUCAGCACCCUGCUGCUUGUCAUCAUAAGGGUUCAAGUCAUCCAGUCGCAACUUCCUGUCUUCACCAGAUUUGAUAACCCAGCAGCAGUCAGUUCUUCUCCCACAAGACAAAUGACUUUCAACUACUUGCUUCCGGUGAAUGCAUGGCUUCUGCUGAAUCCAUCUGAACUCUGCUGCGACUGGACCAUGGGUACCAUUCCUCUGGUGGAGUCGCUUCUGGAUCUUCGUAACCUAGCCACAGUGACAUUCUACACAUUUCUGGGACUGCUUGCCCACCACAGCCUGUGCUACAGACACAGCUCUGCUAAGACUGUGAUUAUGGCUUUAUCUUUGAUCGUCCUGCCUUUCAUUCCAGCAUCCAACCUCUUCUUUCCAGUGGGUUUUGUUGUGGCUGAGAGGGUACUUUAUGUUCCCAGCAUGGGAUUCUGCGUGCUCGUUGCACAUGGAUUCAAAACUAUGUCACAUAGAGGACAUUUGAAAAAGAUUUCCUGGUUGAUGGCUGGCGUGCUGUUAACUACGCAUGCAGUGAAAACCUUCAACAGAAACUGGGACUGGGAGUCAGAAUACACUUUGUUUACGUCUGCCCUGAAGGUUAACAAGAACAAUGCCAAGCUGUGGAAUAAUGUUGGCCACGCUUUAGAGAACCAGAACAAUUAUGCAAUGGCUUUACGAUAUUUUCUCCAGGCCACUCGUGUCCAGCCAGAUGACAUUGGUGCUCACAUGAAUGUUGGAAGAACCUACAAGAACCUGAACAGAUCCAAAGAGGCUGAAGAAGCUUAUUUAGUUGCUAAAUCACUCAUGCCACAGGUUAUUCCAGGAAAGAAGUAUGCCACACGUGUGGCCCCAAAUCAUCUUAACGUUUACAUAAAUCUGGCAAAUCUUAUCCGGGCCAACGACUCACGACUGGAGGAAGCUGAUCAGCUCUACAGACAAGCGAUCAGCAUGAGACCAGACUUCAAACAGGCCUACAUCAGCAGAGGGGAGCUGCUACUUAAGAUGAACAAGCUGACAGAAGCGCGUGAUGCCUACCUCCGAGCCUUGGAGCUUGAUGGCGCCAAUGCAGACCUGUGGUACAACCUGGCUAUUGUCAACAUUGAGAUGAAGGACUCUUCUGAGGCCCUGAAAAACUUUAACCAUGCUCUGGAGCUUAACCCACGCCACAAGCUGGCACUUUUUAAUUCAGCACUUCUAAUGCAAGAGUCUGGGGAGCCAAGAUUCUGGCCUGAAGCUAACCGCCGUUUCCUCACUUACCUGGAAGAAGAGCCAAACGAUGCUAACGGUUAUUUCAACCUCGGCAUGCUAGCCAUGGAUGCCAAUGAAAACUUGGCAGCUGAGCAUUGGAUGCGUAAAGCCAUUGGUCUGCAGGCUGGCUUCCGCAGUGCCCUGUUUAACCUGGCCUUACUGUACUCUCAGUCCAAACGAGAGAUGGAUGCACUGCCCGUGUUGGAUGAGCUGCUGCUCUACCACCCAGAGCACAUCAAAGGUUUGGUCUUGAAAGGCGACAUCCUCAUGAACCACAAGAAGGAUACCCAUGGUGCCAAGGCUUGCUUUGAGCGCAUUUUGCAAAUGGACCCCACUAAUGUCCAAGGCAAACAUAACCUGUGUGUGGUUUACUUUGAAGAGCGUGACCUACCACGGGCGGAGCGCUGCCUUGAGGAAACACUGGUCCUGGCACCAAAUGAGGAGUACGUGCGGCGUCAUUUGAGUAUUGUGCGUAGUAAAAUGGCAGCACUGAGCGCAGCAGGGCAGCUGCUUUCUGUAGGAGAGGGAGCCAGCGUGUCAACAAAGGAAGAGAAGCUACAGAGCGGGAAGGAAAGAGCAGAAGAAAUCGCUGUGGGUAAGGAGGAAGGGAGGGGUACUGAUGCUGUUGGAAAGGGUGCUGCAGAUGAGAAGAAUGUGCGGAAAUCCUCAGCUGAACGCCCAAGGUGUUGGGGGGCGGACAAAUCAGGAUCUGUAGACUGUAGCCAGGCCAAGAGCAGGUCCGCUAAAGAGAUUAAAGGCAUAGAAGAAAAAAGGGCUGCUGCAUUAAAGAGACUGGAAGACAUCGAGCGCAUAUUGAGUGGUGACUGACACGUUUGUAUUUGAACUACUUUUAUAAAGCUUUUUAAUACUCCAACACAACUCCUCCCUCCACCUCACCUUCCCUAAAAAAUGUGCAUGUUUGCUUACUUUUACGUCUAAUUUGUUUUAUUGCAUUUUGCCGACCUGUCAAUGUGAUACGUUUUUAUUUCAAGUCAAGUUUAUUGUCAUUCACGUCACAUGCGGUACUUGAGACGGAAUGAAAUGAUGUACUCGGGGUCCCAGUUUCAUAAUUUCGUAUGCCAUUUAUCACCAAGUGUAAAGAAAGGAACCGAUUGGCUUGUGAAAUUCAUGCAAC